AUGAGAAUGGAUCAACCGGAGAAGCCAGACAACUCCUUGCUGGAGAAGGCGGCGGGGCUGCUGCAGCAGAAGAAGUGUUCUGAGGCUGUCGAUAUUCUCAGCUCCUUGCUGCAAGACUUUGUUGCUUACUAUGGCGACCUUGCGCUGGAAUGCGCUCCUGUUUACCUGAAGUAUGGCACAGCUCUCCUGAGAGAAGUCGAAGACAAGGAAGAGAACGCGGGAGGACAAGACGUCUUCGGCGCGUCUGUUCCGAAAGAAGUCUGUACGGGUGCGGCGAAACAAGACGGCGAAGGAAAUUCCCUGCAGGAGGGAGCAGAAGGAGACGGUGAGGAGGAGGAGGAGGGAGAGGACGAAGCAAAGGGCGAGGAAGAAGGCGACGCUCCCGAGACUUCUAAGGGAGAGGAAGGAGCUCAAGAGCCGCUAGAAGAUCCUCUGCAACUCGCUUGGGAGGUGCUCGAUUGUGCACGCACCAUAUUUGAAAAGCAUGAUGGCGACAAGCUUCUGCUGGCUGACACGUAUAGCUUUCUCGGCGAUGUGAACCUCCGCAACGAGCAAUUCGAGCUCGCGUUCUCCGAUUUCCAACGAUGCCUGGACAUCCGCAAAGAGGUCUGCUUGUCUGACGACCGGCUCUUUGUGGAGAUCUACUACAACCUUGGCAUGUGCCUGAUGAUUCAAUCCACUAACAACAGACCCCAAGCGAUGGAGUUCUAUCGCAAAGCCAUCGACAUCUGCGAGCUCCGGAUCAAGAAUAUGAAGACGAUGUCGGAAGGGGGCAGCCUGGAGGGCAGCAGCGUUUCAUCCAUGACCCGGUCGAAGCUCGAGAGCGAGAUCAACGAGCUGGAGGCCAUUGCCGAGGAUCUCCGUCAGACCGUCGAGUCGGAGGAGCUUCAGGUGGAGCCGGCAGCAGCAUCCGGGCAAGGGAGCUCCAAGGACAUGUUUGGAGGAGACGCGCUGAAGGAGUUGAGCGGGCAGAAGGAGGAGCAGGACGCGAAGGGCUUCGCUAAAGUUGAGAGCUGUGAGCCCGUCAAAGUCCUCGGAGUCUUCGGCAAGAAGCGAGCAGCGAGUCAGUCGGAGGAGCAGGGGCCCAGCAAGAAGGCUGCUCUCUCCCCCAUCGAGGAUCAGCCCAAGCAGCCCAUCACGGUGGAAGGAGACGCGUCAGCUGCUCCGACACCAGCCCGCGCGCACUGA